GAGCUCCAGCGACUUACCAAGGCGAGAUUGCAGGAGUUGAAGUAUAUGGAUGAGCAGAACAAGCUGGAAAUCCAGAAGGCGAUGCAAUUGGCCCAGGUGGAAACAAAGAAAUUCCAGGAGAUGGUUCAGGCUCUCGGAGCCUCCACCAUUAAAGAGAUUGCAAAGUCUGGCCCAGAGCUACAGGUGAAACUGCUCCAGGGGCUGGGACUACAGUCGACACUCAUCACAGACGGAUCCACCCCCAUUAACCUCUUCACCACCGCCAGGGGCAUCCUCGGCCUCCCCCUAUCCGGCCACUGUGAGGGGAGUGAGUGAGCGAGAGGGAGGGAGGGGGUGCAGGGCAGCUGUGCCCAGGAACACGCCGGCCCCUCACGCCCAGGAGCCCUGACCUCUCACCCUCCCCCUGCCUGUGGCCUGAGAUGACCAGCAGGGUGACCGAUGGGCUGAAUGUUU